UCGGAGGCAAAUCUGGCCGUCCAGACUUGAAGGACUCUCAUAUUUUUACUCUGGUUGAGAUUUUCCCCAGAAGUUGCCUCAGGAUGUCUUCGUAUUUCGCCAGCCGUCACAGAAAGGAUUUGAGCACUGAGAUGAUCAGAACUAAAAUUGCUCAUAGGAAAUCCCUGUCUCAAAAAGAAAACAGACAUAAGGAAUACGAACGCAACAGACACUUUGGCUUGAAGGAUGUCAACAUUCCAACCUUGCAGAGUAAAGCUUUUGUUGAAUUAGAUGAGUCUUCUCAAGAACUUGUUCCAAAAAAGGCCAAUUCCAAGCCAAUUCCCCUCUCCCGCUUAGAGUCUAUGAAAACCCUUCUGAGCGAUCAACGCAAACAGAUGCUCCAGAAAUACAAGGAGGAGAAGCAGCUCCAAAAGCUGAAGGAGCAGCGGGAGAAAGCCAAGCGCGGGGUCUUCAAAGUGGGCCACUUCACCCCGGAUGCCCCCUCCUUCCUGUCAUCUUCGGGGCGCGGCAUCAGGAAGCCAGAGGCAAAACACGCUACUUCAUCUUCUGUCCGAAUGACAAGAUCGAAGGCCAAGGACCAAGUGGAACCAAGGAAGAUUCCUGCCUCUGGGGAUGUCCGAGCCGUUGGACCUGGAGGAAGGCUGACUGCUAACAGGAGAGUGAUGGACAAAGAGAAUAAAGCUGUGCCCCCCGUGGCGCCCGUGCCCACCAGGAUGACGCGAUCGGCGACUCAGGCCGCCAGGCAGGUCUCCAGGCCUGCCCCCGUGGCCAAUGUCAGAAAGACAGUCACCAGGGCUACUCAAGAUAAUGAACCAGAAGGAAAGGCGCUUAACAAAGGAAGGCCUGCCACGAAGAUGGAAGCAAGAGCCGACAAGGUGGUGUCUUUUGAAGUCCAGAGUGAAGGAAAUACUUUGCAAACCAACACGACCCGUGGAACCGAGCCAGAUGGAGUCUUACCUGAACUGGAAAGCUUAGCUAAGACAAAUCCCACAAGAACAAGAGGCAAGAGUUCCUUUGCCCCUAAAGACUUCGUGUUCCAGCCUCUGGAGGGGGUGAAGACCUACCAGGUGAUGCCCAUGACGCCCAGGAGCGCUGAGGCUUUCCUGACGCCCGGCCUCGCCUGGGGCCCGCUCCAGCCAGAGGGUGAUAAGAUGCAAGAAACAGGAAAAGAAAUCUCGACCCCAAAAUGUAAAGCUUUUACCAACACUGUGCAGCAAGACUCAAGUAAAUUGCUCCGUUCCCUGGAUUUGGUAACAGUUCUCAAGGAAGAAUAUAGCCUAAAUCAAAACGAGGUUGCUACUGAAGAUUCUGAGGGCCUGUCCGUAAACAAGGCCUGCAAAGGUCAGAUCCCUGAGCCACAGCAUGAUGUGCUAUAUUUCAGAAAUAUCCUCCAGUCAGAAACUGAGAAAUUGACUUCGCACUGCCUAGCCUGGGACCGGAAGCUUGAGUUGGACAUUUCCGAUGAUGCUAAAGAGCUCAUCCGCACGGCGGUUGGCCAAACUCGCCUCCUCAUGAAGGAAAGGUUCAGACAGUUUGAAGGACUGGUGGACGACUGCGAAUACAAACGGGGCGAGAAGGAGACCACCUGCACUGACCUGGACGGGUUUUGGGAUAUGGUUAGCUUUCAGAUAGAAGAUGUAAAUAAAAAAUUCAUCAAUCUGAUGAAACUUGAAGAAUCUGGAUGGCAAAACAAUAACACAAGCAAGAAAGUCCUACGGAAGAAACCUGUCUCUGGCCUGGCCAGCAAGCCGACAGCAACAGUGGACGACUCUGCACGCGCAGCCGCCAGGAGCCGCCUGGCUGCAGUCAAGAGUGCAAUGCGCCAGCGGACGAAGCAGUCUGGGGACAAGGACAGCAUCGUGUUUGAUGCCGGCUUCUUCCGAGUUGAGAGCCCCGCCAAGCCCCGCUCUGCACUUUCCUGUGAUCCACCGCCACAAAGGCCGGGAACACCCACAUCUCUCCCUGGAACGGUUCCCAAGAGCGGGGCUGCCGCCAGCCUUGAGAGGCAGAUGCCAUCACCAGAGAGCCCCAGCCCUCGGAGCACCCCAAGUGGACAUGGUGACAAGAAGACUUUGUUUUCGAAUACCCCUGAGAGCAGGAACACUGCUGUUGAAGGUGCUGGGUGUCCUGGAUUAGAGGAUUUGAUCGAAGGGAACCAGGAUGUAAAUAAAACAAACAUGGAGACGGAUUGUUUCCCCAGUGAAGCCCUGGGUUUGCAUCUUGUGGGCGGGACAGCAGAUGACAAGACAGUGAGCGAAGAGGAGAGUUCAGGUGUCAUGGAAAGAAUGGAACUCAAUUCCUCCUUCACCGCGCAGGAUGUUCAGAUGAACAGUCCUGAACAUAAUAAUGCCCCGCGCCAGAGGAGCCCCCUGCAAGAAGCAGCCGCUCAGACCCCUUGGCCAGCUAAGAGCUGUUCAGUACUAUUUGAUACUCUCACCACCGAACACCGCCUUCUUGAUUCACCAGGCCCAACCCACGGCGACCCCUUCACCCUUGCAGAAUGGCGGCGGCGUUCGGAAAGGACCCGACUGGCCUCUUUCGGUGGGAACCUGAUCGCCUUCUCCCCGCUCCGGCCCUCUGUGUUAGAAGAGCCAGAAGAAGAAGCCUUGUGA